GUUCUUCUUCUUCCCGCUGCAUCCCGACAGCCCCCCCAAGCUUGCCGACCUGCAUGCUUGAAAAAUUGGUGAGAAAGCUUGGUUUUUAUCCUUCUUUUCUUGCUUAAAACCAGAUUUGAACCCAGAAAAUCUCCCCCCCUGCAGGAAGCUUCCGGAUCUGCCUUGCUCUGCUCCUCACCGCCGGCUGCUCCUGCUUUGUGGGGGCGAAUUUCUCUGAUUUUGGACCCGUGAGCUUCCCUGCACUUGCUGCCGACUUCUUCUCCCUGCAGCUCCGGUUCCUUGCUUGCAAAUUCUGGUUUCCGAUCGUUCUAUCAGUUAGCACUGAGAUUGAGUGCUCGGUUUUAUGCGAGUGAGGUAAGUAAAUUUAUGGUAAUGUCCGUACUGUUUUUAAAAGCAUGUUUGAUUUGUUUUUGAAGUGGUGACAGGACUAAACCCGUUUUACACAAGUAUGAUUGAUUUGAAGUGAAGUGUUUUAUGCUUUUCAUUAAAUUGAGCAUGCCUACUUGAAAUUUAAUUGAUUGUCCUGAUGAUUUGAAAGUAAUUGGUGAAUUAUGAUUUCUCUGUUAACUUCAGCCUGUUUUGUCUCUGAUGUGGUCAUGUUAUUAGUGACUCUACUAGUGGGGAUUAUACGCUAGCACAUGUCGGCAUGUUAGUGAUAGAGCCGGUUCGUACACAUGUCGACAUGUUAGUGAUAGAGCCUUGUGCAUAGAGAUUUGUUCCAAAAGAAUUAUCUUUUUUAUUUUAAAUUUAUCUCAAAUUAAUUGUUGCUUUUUUAUUUUUUAAAGUUCUGGAAGUUUUCCCUAAGAUGUUGAAAUAAAGAACGGAGUCAUUUAACUUCAUCAUAGCUAGUGCUUUUUCAGCAUGUGCACAGGUGCGUUAUUUUCAUUUAGGGUCACCAAUUCAUGGGCAGAGAAUGAUGAUCCAUAUUAUAGUCCAGAAAUCUCUUGUCACCAUGUAUGCCAAGUGUGGUUAUCUAGAGCAAAGUUAUGCUGUUUUCAGAAGAUGGAAAACAGAGAUUUAGUUCUUGGAAUGCAGUAAUAGCUGGGUAUGCUCAGACAGAAAUGGCUAUCUAUAGAAGGUAUUUUUACUAUUAAAUGCAAUGAUGAUGACCCUACAAAAGCUUGAUUCAUUGACUUACAUUGUCAUUCAUCUCCAAGCUAGGGCAUCCAGUGGGGCUCUCAAUCAGGGGAAGUGGCCUCAUAACUUUGUAAUUCAAAAUUUCCUCUACUCUUGCACCUUGUUACUUGGUAGACACAGCUCUAGUGGACUUGUAUUGUAAAUGUGGUAAUUUAGAUGCUGCCAGUAGGUGUUUUAAUGUGAUGUUGCAUGGCAAUCUGAUCUCUUGGACCACAAUCGUUGCUGGAUGUGGUAGUCAUGGGAAAAGGAGACAACUUUGAGCAUGUACCUGUAGUUGCUGCAAUUGGGGAUGUAAUCAAACAAGAUGUGACUGAGAGAAGGGAUAAAAGGACAUCAGUGUUUGCUGCGGCAUGUCUGCUUGCCUGCCAGCUGAAGUAGUCAAACAGUUAUCCAUGGGAGUUAAUGUGCCAAGUUUGGGUAGAAUAACCAUGCUAUGCAGCUAUUUAUUGCAGGACAGAUGUGCAUGCAAAGCAACCAAGUCAAGGAGAGGAACUCCUCACUCUUGUUUGGUUGGCAAUGAAUCAUCUGGGCCUCCGAACUCACUUUUCCAAAGAGGUUACAGGGAACCGCAAGACAUUCAGCAUUGAAGUUGUACGUUCACAAAAUGAAAAAUGAAAAUAAGGCAUUCGUGUUUGCUUUCUGUAUGUCUUUUUCUGUUGUCUUUCUUUAAGCGGUCAUCUUAUGUUCAUUUUGAAAAACUUAAUGCUUCCUUGGAUUAUGUUUAGUUGUAUUUGCAUUUGUCAGAUGUAGUUCUUCUCAACAGAACUUGAAUUGCUUCCUAAGUAUUGAAGAUGUUUAGGGCUUUUAUGAAUUGAUGGGAAUUCUUCGAUUUUGGUGUUGAAGCUAUGACAUCAAGUUUGCACAUACUUUAUUGGUGUUUUGAAGAAAUAAAAAUGGCAGGAACUA